UGCAUCGUACGUAGUAUUUCGGCUGUGGGUUGGUAUAAAAGCCGCGCUGUGCCCGUUCUUAUUUAGAUAACAUUUGUCUUCUGUUAAACAACCAUGCAGACCUUCGUCGCCUUCACCGCCCUCCUGGCUUGCGCCGCCGCCGCACCCGGCCUCCUGGUCGCCCACGCACCCGUGGUCGCUGUCCACUCCGCCCCAGUGGUGCACGCCGCCCCAGUCGUACAUGCCGUACCCGUGGUCGCCGCCAAGACCACCAUCACCAAGAGCAGCCAGGUCGUCAACCAUGGUAGCCCGGUUGUCCACGCCGUCCACGCUGUCCACGCGCCAGUUGUCGCUGCCCCCGUUGUUGUGAAGGCCGCCCCGGUCGUCCACGCUGCCCCUGUUGUCCACGCCGUGCCCGUGGUUCACGCUGUCCACGCCCCAGUUGUUGUGAAGACCGCUCCCUCCGCAGUGGCUCACAGUUCCUCGGUCGUCCACCACUCACCGGUUGUCAAGGCUGUUCCCUUGGUCGCCGUUCAUUGAGGCUUUAAAUAAAUUAUAAAAACCCCCUA